AUGCCAUCCUUGAUAAUUCUAACUAUGAUAAAUAUUGCAUUCAAUAUAUUAGCAGGAAUAAAGUUAUAUAAAAUGAAAAAAAAAGGUGUUAGAGUCCCGGAAACUUCGCUGUUCUCUAUGGCAUUCACCGUAUUCGUGAUUGAUCUAUUUUUGACAAGUCUUACUGUGUCUAACUAUUAUCUAACAAAUAUGGCAACUAGCCUGGAUUCAGAACUUGUGAGAGUUCUCCUUCGUUGGAUUCCGCUACUGACUCCGUUUGCAAGUGACGCACUUACAUUAACGCAUCCGAUCCUGUUACUAUAUUUUAGUUCGCCGAAAGUGUAUGGAAAGCAGUUCGUUCCUCCAAAAAUUCCACAACCAUCGGUUCUUUGCCGAAAGUAA